UCUCAACAGACUGCGCAGGCCGAAAUGGGGUUCAAGGAUUCAAUUAGAGCCUGCGGUCUCUUGACAAUCGACCUGCACCGCAUGGAUGAGUUUACUGGUUUGACUCAAUGUGCAGUAUCAGAGCACGAAAGCUUGCAGGAGGAUGAGGACAACAUUAACGUACCAUGGCAGAGCCAGAAGUGGGACUUUUUCGGACGCUCCCGCACGAUUGAUGGUUGAGGGAUCUACACUAUUGGAUCAGAUCAGGUCCACAAUGAAGAAUUUUUUCC